GAGACCCCUCCGAGAAAGCUGCGAUUAAUCAGGGCCAACGUUUCCCAUCACACGCUCAGUCUCUACACUUCCCUCGCUUUGCCCUCGGUUUCCCCUCCACCCUAAUCCACCAUCAUGGCCUUCGCUGGCCAGACUCCCACGAUUAUCGUGCUCAAAGAGGGCACGGAUACCUCGCAGGGAAAGGGUCAAAUCAUUUCGAACAUUAAUGCCUGCGUUGCUGUUCAGUCUACGAUCAAGAGCACCCUCGGCCCUUACGGAGGAGACUUGUUGCUGGUGGACGGCAAUGGCAAGCAGACCAUUACAAACGAUGGAGCCACUGUCAUGAAGCUCCUCGACAUUGUGCACCCCGCCGCUCGCAUUCUCACGGACAUCGCUCGGUCUCAAGAUGCUGAAGUCGGAGAUGGAACGACAUCGGUCGUUGUCCUGGCAGGUGAAAUCUUGAAGGAAGUUCGGGAACUCGUCGAGCAGGGAGUCAGUUCACAAACCAUUGUCAAGGGUCUGCGGAGAGCUAGCUCCAUGGCUGUGAACAAGAUCAAGGAAAUCGCUAUUGACAUGAUUGAGGCCGCCGGAAGUGAGGAGAAGAAAGUGGAAACCCUAAGACGUCUGGCUGCCACGGCGAUGAACAGCAAGCUUAUCAAGCGCAACUCAGACUUCUUUACCAAGAUGGUGGUGGAUGCCGUGCUGUCGCUCGACCAGGAUGACCUCAACGAGAAGUUGAUCGGCAUCAAAAGAGUUACUGGUGGUGGCUUGCAGGAUUCGCUCUUCGUCAAUGGUGUUGCGUUCAAGAAGACAUUCUCCUACGCCGGUUUCGAGCAACAGCCCAAGUACUUCAAAGAUCCCAAGAUUGUCUGUCUGAACGUUGAGUUGGAGUUGAAGAGCGAGAAGGACAAUGCCGAAGUGCGGGUGGAACAGGUGUCAGAGUACCAGGCUAUUGUCGAUGCCGAAUGGCAGAUCAUUUACAACAAGCUUGAGGCCAUCUACAAGACCGGCGCCAAGGUUGUUCUCAGCAAAUUGCCUAUCGGUGACCUGGCUACGCAGUAUUUCGCUGAUCGUGAUAUCUUCUGUGCUGGUCGUGUUGCUGCUGAUGAUAUGGACCGGGUCUGCCAGGCUACUGGUGCUGCGACGCAAUCAACUUGCAGUGACAUUCAAGAACGUCACUUGGGUACCUGUGGUGUCUUCGAAGAACGUCAAAUCGGCGGUGAACGCUACAACCUUUUCUCCGAAUGCCCUGCCGCCAAGACUUGCACUCUCGUGCUGCGUGGUGGAGCGGAGCAGUUCAUUGCGGAAGUUGAGCGCAGUCUACACGAUGCCAUUAUGAUUGUCAAGCGUGCCCUCCGUCAUACAACCAUUGUUGCUGGUGGUGGUGCCACCGAGAUGGAGCUGUCGAGCUUCAUGCACGGCUUCGCAGACCGCAACGUGCCCCACAAGCAGCAGGCAGUGGUCAAGGCUUUUGCUAAGGCCUUGGAGGUUAUUCCCCGCCAGCUAUGUGACAAUGCUGGCUUCGACGCGACGGAUAUCCUGAACCGCUUGCGGGUGGAGCACCGCAAGGGUAAUGUCUGGGCGGGUGUGGACUUUGACAAUGAAGGGGUUCGGGACAACAUGGUCGCCUUCGUGUGGGAGCCCAGUCUGGUCAAGGUGAAUGCCAUCCAGGCGGCUGUCGAGGCGGCUUGCUUGAUUCUGAGCGUGGACGAAACUAUUAAGAACGAAGAGUCGGCCCAACCUCAGGCACCGGCGCGUGGAUUGCCGCCGGGUGCUGCCCAGCGCGCUCUGGGUGGUCGCGGACGUGGCAUGCCUCGCCGUGGACGGUAAAUCACAGGCGAACGAAUGAGUGGAUAAACCGAAUCGUGAGAGCUGGGUGGAUUGGACCAGUCCGUGAUGGAAUGGGUUGAAUAUAAAAACAAUCAAUAGUCUGGAUAAGCGCUUGAGCGCUGAUCAUUGGUUGAGGAUAAUAUCAUAUUUUCUUUUGUCUUAUUGUUGAAGUGUAGUUUGUAG